CAUUUUUCUGUCAGCUGUUUCAUAACCUCUGCCUGCUGCUAAAAUAAUCCUACGCCAUAAAACAAAGUUGAAUUGAAAAUUUUAAGUACAAUACCAGUAGUAACUGGUAAUUUUUCAAAAAUAUGUUUAGUUAAAUAGUGAUACCAAUCGAGGUUUCUAAUUAUAAAUACUAAGUUAACCAUGACUCUAAAUUUGAAACCGCGCUACCUUCGACCACUAUACCCGCUAUGUCGCAGUUAUUGCGAUUACAAAUCGAUUUAUGAACGUGAUGAAGCAGGACCCCAGCCGCGCAAAGUCCACGGGAGGUUAUACCCAGAAUGGCGAAGACCCUGGAUACAACGUGACGGAGAAUGGAGCAGCAAGUUAUCCGUUUUCAUCGAAAAAAGUCCUAGUAUGCACAUCCUAAACGCCAUGCAAAAAAUACCUCAUUUAACCGUUCAAGAUAUAAAGGAAUGGUGGGGACAGAUGAAAAUGAUACAGGAGAUCGAAAAUCAAAGAUAUUUACCUGAAAGAGUAGCCGCUUUGGGUUCAAAUUUGGCAGCAGUACACUUUUUUACCUAUCGAAACUGUGCAGUCAGGAUCAAGGGCCAGACAGAAUGGAUUGAAGGUGACAUAACAACAUUAAACCUCCCGGAUACAUACAGAGAUGGUUAUCUUGUUGAAGCUGUAAACUGUGCCAAAUUUCAUCACAAUGGGAUCAGAUAUGAAGGGCUACAAAAUUUGUCAGGGCUAAGUCUCCUUAAAUGGUUAUCCUUGAAGAACAAUAAACAUGUAGAUGUAUGGUGCUUGGAUAGAAUCGCUGGCCAGAAUGGGGAUAGCUUGGAGUAUUUAAAUAUUGAAGGGUGCAACUUGUGUCCUGGUGGUGUACUCGCUAUUGCAAAGAUGCAAGCUCUUAAGUUCUUGAAGAUUAGUGAUCCUGGGGACCAUGUUGAGCUUCAAGCUGCUUUGUCUAUGCUUGAACAAGAAAGGCCUAGCUUAUUGAUAACAGCUGCAGAUAUUGACAUUGGAGAUAAUGUUUUGAAGGAAGGCACAUAAAAAAUACAAACUGCUUCAGUCUUAGAUUAUUCUAUUUAUGAAAUUGUAAAUAAUAGUAUAAAACAUAACUUAAUAAAAAUAAAUUAAUAAUU